ACGACGUAUCUGGACGUUGCUAAAGGCGCGGUUGAGGUCUUUAUGAAGCUGCGUGCCCGAGACCCGGCUAGUAGAGGCGACAGGUACAUGCUAGUUACAUUCGAUGAUCCACCAUACGGAGUGAAGUCAGUGUUGGGCGGCUUCCCGGUGGCGAAAAAACGGCAAUUUUUUUGCUCCAAAUAACCGCAGACCCGGAGCUGCACUGCCUCCGACCUUUCCAGCGGACAUUUUGCUUUUGUGUUGAGCAAAGUCUCGGGCGUUGAGAUGGAGGCGGAGAGAUUGAUUAUCACCUAUGACGUCGCUCUUUUUUUAAAAGUACAAUGUUUUGAUUGGUCAACGAGCCCGCCAAUCACCCUCUACUCCUCCUCUUGCAUCAUCCACGCAUUACCAUUGGCCAGUCUGGGCUGAAAGUUGAUAAGCCCCAUUCAUCAUGAGUUUUUUUUAAUGCAGGCUGGAAGGAGAACCACUCCACCUUCAUGUGCGAGCUGAAGAACCUGCAGGCGUCCGGCCUCACCACGUUAGGGCACGCUCUCCGCACAGCCUUCGACCUGCUCAACCUCAACCGCCUCGUCUCAGGCAUCGACAACUACGGACAGGGCCGUAACCCCUUCUUCCUCGAGCCAUCUGUGAUCAUCACCAUCACUGAUGGGAACAAGCUUACACACAGCUCUGGGGUGCCAGAUGAGCUGCACCUGCCUCUGAACUCUCCACUGGCGGGCAGCGAGCUGACCAAGGAGCCCUUCCGCUGGGACCAGCGUCUGUUUGCGUUGGUGCUGCGGCUGCCAGGAGCGUCCACACCGGACACGGAGCAGCUCGGCAGCGUCCCCACAGACGAGUCCGCCAUCACCCAGAUGUGUGAAGUCACCGGAGGGCGGUCGUACUGUGUGCGGACUCAGAGGAUGUUGAACCAGUGUCUGGAGUCUCUGGUCCAAAAGGUUCAAAGUGGUGUCGUCAUUAACUUUGAGAAGACAGGGCCGGAUCCGCCUCUCAUUGGUGAAGAGAACUCCGCAGAGCCAAGUCGUCCCGUGUCUUCCUUCAGCGCUCAGCCGUGGCACAGCUGCCACAAACUCAUCUACGUGAGACCAAACCCCAAGACGGGGGUCCCGGUCGGGCACUGGCCCAUCCCAGAGUCCUUCUGGCCCGACCAGAACUCUCCCAACCUGCCCCCCCGCUCUGCCCAUCCUGUGGUGCGGUUCUCCUGUGUGGACUGCGAGCCCAUGGUGAUCGACAAGCUUCCCUUUGACAAGUACGAGCUGGAGCCCUCCCCCCUCACCCAGUUCAUCCUGGAGAGGAAGUCUCCUCACAUGUGCUGGCAGGUGUUUGUUAGCAGCAGCGGGAAGCCCAGUGAGAUGGGACAGCCUUUCGGCUACCUCAAAGCCAGCACCACUCUCACCUGUGUCAACCUGUUCGUCAUGCCGUUCAACUACCCCGUGCUGCUCCCCCUGCUCGAUGAUUUAUUCAAAGUGCACAAACUAAAACCAAACCUGAAGUGGAGACAGUCGUUCGAGAUGUACCUGAAGACAAUGCCUCCAUACUUCCUCUUGCCCUUAAAGAAGGCGCUGAGGAUGAUGGGUGCCCCUAAUCUCAUUGCAGACACUAUGGACUGCGGCCUGAGUUACAGUGUCAUCUCUUACCUGAAGAAGCUCAGCCAGCAGGCAAAGAUGGAAUCAGAUCGUCUCAUCGUGUCUGUGGGGAAGAAGGCUCCCCAGGAAACGGGCAUCAAGGUGAAGAACCACUCCACCACGCUCUCUCUGGCCCACCGGCGGGACUUCCAGCAGCUGCUGCAGGGCAUCACCGGGGAGGGCCCGCUGCGCCUGGCCGACAUGAACUUCAAAGAGUUCGCUGGCUUCCAGAUCGCCCUGCUCAACAAGGAUCUCAAACCUCAAGCUUAUCGAAAUGCGUACGACAUCCCGAGGCGGAAUCUUCUGGAUCAACUCACGAGGAUGCGCUCCAACUUGCUGCGGACGUCGCAAAAACUGAUCCGAGGGCAAGACGAAGACUAUCUGCACAGUAUCCCGGUGGCUCAGAUGGGAAACUAUCAGGAGUAUCUCAAAAUGAUGCCGUCUCCUCUGAGAGAGAUCGACCCCGACCAACCUAAGCGUCUGCACACAUUCGGGAAUCCUUUCAAGCAGGACAAGAAGGGGAUGAUGAUCGACGAGGCAGAUGAGUUUGUUGCGGGCCCUCAAAGCAAGAAAAGAGGAAAUUCCAACGAUUCCAACUCGAGUACGACGAUGAAGAGGAGGCGGAGCAUGUCCCCGUUACUGCGGCGACCGCAAACUCCACCAGUGAACAACAACCAUGUGCCGGCAGGGAAGAGUCCUGCUGCUGUUCAAGGGCAGCAGAACCUCAUAAAACCCAUCCCACUGCACAAAGGAGAGGAUGACAACAACAUGUUGGUCGCUGAGAGUAACGGUGACGGGGAGCCACAGUCGGGGGGGAUCUGGCCCGCCGAGGUGGACGCUGUAGCUGAGACCCCUUCGUCUCCACUGAGCCUCGAGGAGAAGACGGAGCCGGGGGCAGCAGACGAGACGGAGGAUGUAGACAUGAUGGAGGACAGACUAGAGGACAGACUAGAGGACAGACUAGAGGACAGACUAGAGGACAGACUAGAGGACAGACUAGAGGACAGACUAGAGGGCAGACUAGAGGGCAGACUAGAGGGCAGACUAGAGGACAGACUAGAGGACAGACUAGAGGAAGACAGUCUAGAUGAGGAGGUGGAGAGACUCAACUGUGACCGACUGAGCCCCCAGAGCCAGAUGGAGGACCCUGAAGAGGACCCUGAAGCGGACCCCGAGACGCUGGAGCCCAUCUUCAUCGCCCCGCUGGACGGCAGCCAGGCGGAGCUGAAGAGUCAGAUCAUCAAGGAGGUCCGCAAACCUGGGAGAAACCAUGAAUCAAUACUCGGUCUACUGCAGCAGGUGAAAGGACCAGUGGAUGUUCAGAAGUACUUCAUCCAACACGCUAUCAGAGAGGCCGUCAGGUUUAAGAAGCGGGUUCUGAUCCAGCAGCUGGAGACGUCCCUCGCUGAGCUGGGACAGAAGCAAGCGCCCCCCCCAGAGCUUCCCAAUGACAACGGCAGCAGUUAGUGAUGAAGACACAUUUACUUUGUUAGUAAAAAAGGGAAUAAAGCUCUUAUCUUGUUGACCAUUUCACUCACAGCAAUAGAGACAUCCCUGUCGACUGGGCAUCAAGAAGACAGAUUGAGGAACUGGGGGUUCAGCGGGGUGGGGGUUGAUAGGAAUCCCUCCCACUCUACAUGUGCUGAGAGUAAUGGAUCCACUGAGGAUGAGGAGAGACUUAAAGUGUAAUCCUCUUCAUACUGACUGACAGAUGCCUUAAACAUCCAUAUGGCUUUUGUCUGUAUCAACACACACACACACACACACACACACACACACACACACACACACACACACACACACACACACACACACACACACACACACACACACACACACACACACACACACACACAUACACCGUCAGGCAAUAAGCCGUCAGAUCCUCCCAAUGGCAGAGCAAGGGAUGGACAGGUACAUUCCAGUUAUUGUUAUUUUUAGAAAAAACUGUCCUUUUUUCAGCUGGUCUGAAAAAGCAACCUUUUUUUCUAAAUAAUCAAAUGUUUUGCAAUCAUGGCUAACAGCUCCACCUCAUACCUCCAGUGUCAUAUCAGCAGAAAAGACUCUGAUGCUUUUUUAACAAAUACAUACCUUUACCAAAUGCUGAUACCAAUAUGCGCCAGGAUAAGCGUGGGCGAUAUGGAUACAGAUCAAUGAGCCUAUGUUUUAUGUUGCAUUCGCAAGAUAUAUCGUGAUAUAUAUCACAUAUUUGCUGG